UUAUAGGACUAUCUACGCAAAAUUCGAUGACGUACUUCUCCACUCCACCCUCUUUGAACACGUCGACUAGAAACGAAAAUAGAAAUUUAAGUUUUGAAAAGCCUCAAAGUUGAGCAGCCGACUUCGCCAGAAAAUGUUGAUUUUGAUCUUUUCACUACUUCUGACGCAAGUAUAUUCCAUCAAAGACGGUGCUCCAGUCGAUGAGUGCAGCUACCCAGGUCUGUGUGUGGUCCUGGCACCCAAUGACGCUAUCAUCUGUAACGGGGUCAAGAUAGGAGGUCUACUGUCGGUGCCAGAGUUGUGCGGGUCUGGCAUGAACAAUUUCCUGGACAACAAUGAUCUCACUGUUAUCUGUGGAGAAAGCACAACAAAUUUUACACUGACACAAGGAACUAAAGGAGCCGUCUCUGAUGGCGUCUACACCUUUGACACCUCCACGUUUACCGGCGGCUGUAACGGUGACGCCGUUGUGUACGAUGGACUCUCGGACAUUGAUAAAACUUCAUGUGAGGUGGUGGGCUACGGCGCCGAUACCCAGUCGUCAAAAACAUACGACGGCGUCGCUCAAGUGACGUCAGUCUUGGCAAGCACCAGCAGUCCGUGCUGUGACGUCAUCCUUGACAACCUAACCCAGGACCAGAAGGGCGUCAUCAUCGACCGGACGGCAGAGUUUAACUGUGUCACUGCUAACGGGGCAACUUGCGGGACUGGCGACCUUGGAGCUCCAGUCUACUGUAACACAACAGCUGGCACCACUGUGGUCAUCGGCCUGACCUCCUCCUCCCCCUGCACCAGUGGGGGGAGGUUCCUCGUCCACGACCUGACCCACGGGUCAACGAAGAUCAAGUUUUAAAAUUUAGACGUCACUAAAACAAACAUCAUGAAAAGAACAGCU